AUGUCGGGCCAUGAAACUAGAGGUAUGAGCAAAGAUUGGUCCGACAUAUUUGCCAUAAUUGUAACAGCCAAAGAAUCCGACAAAGCCGAUACGCCAGUUAUCCUUGGAGCGUAUGUUAUUAAUAAACUCAAAGAGCUGCACGAGGCUGGCAAAGUGUGGGCAGCCAUGCUUUGGGAAGUCUACUGGAACUUGGUCACCAAGAGUGGAUUUUCUACCAAUCUCUACGAUGCCAAGGGCAAGGCUGGCAACAUUGUUGCUAUGCAGAAUGUGAUGGGUGGAUUGAUGCAUCAGCCAUGCAGUCCUAGCUUGGUCAAUGCUCGUGAUGCCAUUAUUGCGUCCGAUGCAGCCUAUUAUAAUGGAGCCAACAAGUGCGAGAUUUGGAAGGGAUUCGCCAAACGUGGUCUGGGAGUAAAUGCAGCAGAUUACACAAACGAUUUCUCUGUUCCAGCAGAAUGUGGUAGCGGUUCACCUCCACCUUUGACCACUACUCGUGGUCCUAAACCUACUUCUGGAUGCACUCGCAUGGACAUUUGCUGCAUCUAUGUUGGAAAAAGCUGUGACCAAGACUAA